CGUGUUUUGGCGAAACGUCAGGGUGGUAGGAAGAGUCCAAACCGUGAAUGCGGCUAGAGAGCUGGGCAACUGCGGAAGGAGGCGAGGAAACCGCCCAACCGUAGCCAGUAUCCCCCUACCCGCCGCUAUCUGUGCGGCAAUCUAUGGACAGUGUAAGCCUACGGGGAUGCCACUGCAACGUUAAUCCUAUUCACAGCUAAAUCGGACCUAAAACAGACUCAACCAUGGCCACAGAUAGUAAGUAUCCCAAUAGAGAAAAUGAACAAAUGUAUUUUUUUUAUAUAGCAGAGUAGAGGCAAGAGAUAGGCUAGUACAAUUAUUUAAUUCCAUGAUCGGCUGUUGCAGAUGCUAUGCAGUUGAGAUUGAAGCUAUCUCUUGUCUACGUGCGACUGGCUACAACGUUUCCAUUUUACACUAGUUGAUACAAUAUAUCAUUGUGUUGGCUGAGUCCGGCUGACAUAAUAGGCUAUAAUUCCGCUAUUUCAGCUACGACUUGGAAAACGCAGGAUGUGCUCUGCAAUUGUAUAUUGGUAUAUGUUGAGAAUUCCCCUUUGCCAUAUUUGCUGUGACGACCUGCCAUCGUCAUUAUUAUUGACUUUUCUGAAGGCUGUUUGUGUUAAAUUAGGACACAAAUGAUUAAAACCCGAUUCAGCGUUGAAAUAAAGGAUAGACCUGCGCCCAGAUCAAUACUUGCAUUUCAUGUAGGCUAGCCAUUAAUGCAUGUAGUCCUAAUGAAAACACUAUGGCACACAAAAGUUCCACAUGUUUGAUAUAGCCUUGCAUCUCCUAUGGAAUGGUUCUUGUAGGUCAACAUUUGGCAAGGGACAACAUUAGUUUAUGCAAAUCAGGCCAUUAAUAGGCUACCACGUGAGGUUGAAUAAUAGCUGACAGGAGUCUGUAUGGACUUCAAUAAAUGGUAGAAUCCCCUAACUGACCCAACACACACACACACACACACACACUAUAAGCACCAUAUUAAAUGUGGAAAGUUAUCUAUAAACCCUACUGUUGCCAUUAUACUCUGACAGGAGAUUAGCUUAUAGAAAUUGACUCUUAUGCAAACCAAUCAAAUUUUGUUUAGCUUCAAAAGAGAACAUUUCCAUCACAUAAAAGUGAAUGAUGAGUGGACUUUAUGAAACAACUACCCUCUUUAUUAUUAUGUCACAUUAUUUCAAUAGCCUGUUGUACCAAAGCUGAAUGGCCCUGCAUUGUAGUAUUAAAGUAACAGAGAACCUGUUGGAGUAACUCACCAGCAGUUGGACUCACCCUCAUUUGCCAAACAAAGACAUUUAGAAACACAUAGUCAUUUCCAGUUGCCAGCAUGAACAUUCGUGAGGGGUGUGCCUGCUUUUUCACUCAUAGUAUAUUCAUUAAGAAUGUCUAAUCGUGUUUAUAUAAACUCAUGGAAAGGUGUGGGUGGAGUCGAGACACCCUUUAAGGUAAAUAUGCGGAUUUAUUGUGAGACUAGAAUGUCUGUACUGUACAUGCAUCCAUACUUUUGUUGAUAUUAGAUCCCCUUUCUGGGUCAUAUACCUUGAGGUGGCCUCUCUCUCCAGUGGACAUACUAUCCCUGAACCAACUGGUCUGGAACCAUAUCUCACCAAACUACAAAACAAAGCCUGGGUAAAACCUAGACAUACUGUACUGUAGACUAACUCAGCCUUAGCCAACCUCCUCUCUCAGUUCCCACAAUGGAGAGACUGAAAAGAUGCUCUCUGAUCUCUUAUCUCUGUAUGUUUCUGAGCUUUGUGUUGUGCAGCAGCUUCUCUGAGCUGGAGAAUAUGGUUGAGUAAGUACCGAGCACUCUGUUGUGUCUGCUGCUGCUGCUAUUGGUGGCCUAGUUACAGGGCCAUGUGUAAUUCAUACAUUCCUCUCCUCUCUCCAUGUUGGGCAGGCCUGGCCUGGAACUGACAGUGUUGGGGCUGGGUGUGUGUGUGUGUGUGUGGUGUGCGUGUGCGUGAAUCAGUUCUGUUAUUCAUGUACAGUAUUUCCUGUUUACUGUAGUCUGUAAACUCUGUUCAGAAUAUAGUAGAUUAAAAUGUAUAGUUUCAUGAAACGUCAGAUGUUCACAGACACGACUUGUUUGUUUAUUUUGGUAAUCAUCAAAAAACAAUUUUGGCAAACAGUUUUUAUUUUAAAUGGGGUUUGAUCCUUACCCCAGAGGAAAGGCAGUCUAAACUUUUUGAUCAAUGUCAUCACCUCGCUCCAUGUUAUUGCAUCUGAGAGCAUUAUUCAGGAAGGGUGUUUGGCCUAGCCCAGUAGGACAGGAAGAACAUUAGGAAAGAUUGAGGGAGCUAGUUCAUGUAGAGUCAGACAGAACACAGGGAGGGAGAAGGAGGUAGGUUGAGAACAGAAUGAAGGUUACGUAUGUAACUACAGAUAUGUGAGCUAUUGGAUCACUCCGAUAUGGUAUCCUUCCGUGCGGCAGGAUACAUUCCGAGUAAGGAUUUCAGAUUAGUCCAGUGUACAGGGUAGUGCUCCGGCUGACCCCCUUAAAUUGCUUCCACCGCGUUACUUCCACCUCGUGUCCUUUUUCGAGGCGCCGUAGAUCACAGACAAAGAGUAUUGAAGUGAUCCAAUAGCUCACAUAACCGUGGUUACAUACGUAACCUUCGUUAUGUAGCACUAUAUUGGAUCACUCCAAUAUGGUAUCACAAUACCAGAUGAAUUGGUGAACUAGGUAAGGGCCAGACAGAGAGCAAAGUCCCGUAGGACUGAGCUCAGGGCAGUCAUAGUCGCAGUGUUCCUCCUUCCCCACUCAGGGAAGCGGAGGCAACAUCCUGCACAGCCGUCCUGACCUCAUUGGCGGGGGGCAACAUUGACUCGAUAGUACCUAGAAAAGGUGCUAGAUGAUGCCCAACUGGCCGAGACGCACAUGUAAUUGAGGGGAACUCCUCGGAGCAGGGCCCACGAUGUAGCACACUUGGGGAAAAACACCCAGCUCACCCACAGCCGCGGGAGGGGCAUAUGCAGACAAAUGUAUGGGCCGGUUCACGUGUCUGUCAGACAGGACCUUCCGCAAGAAUGAGGGGUUAAGACGGAGGGUGACACUCCUGUUGUCUGGACCCAUUCAGAAAAACAUUCAGUGCUCACUGAAAAAGCAAGAAGUUCACUCACCCUCUUAGUGGAGGUAAUUGCCAACAGGAAUGCCACCUUCAUGGAUAGGUGCUUACAAGACAUCGACUCUGACAGCGCCACGUCAAGGUUCCAGCUUGAUACCGAGUGGGCCAUUUCUGGACACAGACGUCAAACUCCCUUCAAAAAUGUGGAGAGCAAUGGGUAGCCACUCAUGGGUCCCUCUUGGCCGGCAUCAUGGCAUGCCAAUAUAGCGGCUAGAUACACUCUCAAUGUGGAUGCCGCAUCGAGCAGUGACUGUGAAAACUGUUAAACCGUUUGCACAUAUGACUCUCACACCAGGUACAGAAUAUGCCACACCACAUUUGAUAUGAUGCAUUGGGUGGAAGAAGCCAUGGAGUUCCGCAAAGUGUUCACCACACUGUCCUGAAGGCCUAGACGGGUCCACUAACGCCUCUCAGAGGCCAAGCCCUGAUGCUGGAAAUGGUGCGGGUCCGUAUGCCACAGUGUCCCCCGAGCCUGAAAGAGCAGGUCGGGCCUCAGGGGCAGCUGCCAUGGAGUCCCUGAGAGGAGGGACAAUAGGAGGCUGAACCAUGGUGGUCUCGGCCAGCAAGGCGCUAUCAAGAGCAGCUGGUGGCCCACCAAGAUGACCCUGUCUAGUGUAGGGGAAAUGGUGGGAACGCGUAAAGCGUCGUUGCUGGCCAAUCAUGAGUGAGGGCAUCCAGACCCAGAGGGCCUAUAGGGUCUGACAUCGAGAACCAGCUGGGGCAAUGAGUGUUUUCCUGAGAUGCAAACAGAUCCAACUGUGCUCUCCCGAACCUGUAGCACCACCUGAGGGUGUAGACUCUAGUCCCCCUCUGGCAGGCCGUCUCUCGAGAGCAUGUCCGCUGCAUUGUACAGGACCCAGGGUAUACUGUAUGUGCUGCUUGCAGCGAUGCCAAGCGGGUCUGGGCCCACGGCAAGUGCUCCCGAGCCAUUGGACCAGGAAAUGCUGUCCUACCAGGUAGGGCUGGAACUGUUGGAGAGCUAGGCGAACGAACCUGAGCUCCAGCACAUCGAUGUGUUGACCACUCCAUGGGGGCUCCAGCGGCCGCUGGCCGCCAUGCCUCUGAACACGGCACCCCAACAUGUCAGAGAGGCAUCAGCGCACACCAGCUCUGCGGUGGGACUCUGAUCAGGCCCACCCCCUUUAACAGGAAGGAGCGGGAUAGCCACUUCGAUAGGGUCAUCAAACAUGCACUCAUCACCAGCAGUUGACAGUGUUUGUGUUGUUUUGGGUGCCGGCCGUGGGAGUUGAACCAUCGCUGGAGUGGCCUGAUGGAACCAACAGGGAAGCCACCGGCAGUAGGCCGAGUAACUAUUGGCACUCUAACACUGACAUGGCUCGUCCGAGCCGGAAACGGUUGAGGUAGGAUAGGAUUUUGUUACUCUCACCUGGGGGAGAUGUGCCCUCAUGAGUGUCAAGUCUAUGGACAUCCCGAGGUAGAUCACCUUCUGUGGGACUUAAGGGAAAGUGUGUUUAUUACUGUUCUUAGUCCUGCAAUGGUCACCUUUUGUUAAGCUAGCUACUUUGCAAAGCUCGUUCACCGUGGAACACAAGAGUCUAGGCAAGAUGGCUGUGCCCUGUGAGAGAUGAAUACAUGGUGCGCCUUGCGACACCUAGCUUACUCUCAGGGGAGAACUGCAAGUCCGCUGGAGCGAAACAUACACAGUCUCUCGAUCUUGCGGGGUAGACGCGGUCCCCAAACCCCAAGGCUAAAACUGUGAGGGUUCCGGUGGGCAGACAAGUCACACAGACAACUAAGACAAACCCUCAGUGCCGCAAUACUGGUCGACCAAACCGAGUAUCGCCUAGGUUGGUACACUGUCACAAGUAAUAAAAACAAAGACAAAACCCAAACGAGAUGGCACAAGCCAAACCGAGUGGGGGGACAGCAGAGCACCCAGAUGGAGAGGCUAUCUAGCUAGCUGCUCCAAGCUAUUGAAUAGCUGCUGGUAUACUUCUGCGCUAAUACACUCUAACAUAGAGCUCUUACCAAGCGAAUCCUCUCUGGAAUGAGCAGAGAAAAGGAAGAGGUGGAAGUAGUGCGGCAGCAGCUAUUUAAGGGGGUCAGCCACAGCAUCAGCACUACCCGGUACACGGGACUAAUCUGAAAUCCUACAUAACUGAACUGAGACUGAGGGCAGGAGCGCUGGAUUGAACCCUACCUGGAAGCUCAGUGUGAGACAUGGAGGGUGAGAGAGGGCCUACAGACUCACAGUUCCCCUCUACAGUGACAGGACCUGCUCUACUCCACUCAGCCAGGACAUUUGAGCUGCUUUCAUUUGAUCAGUAUAUCCUCAGUCUAGUUCAUGCCGGCUGAUAGGGAGAUGUAUGAACAUGAUAUCGGUUGAUUAGAAAACUAUUUCUUGAUUGAUUGAUUUUCAAAUGUUUGAAGAUGAGAACUUGCCAUUGACACUUUCAUUGGACCUCUAUACAGUUUGAAUCAGAGGAAACAGCAGAUAUUAUUCUUACAAUGAUAGUAAUGUAACAAAAUUAAAUGUUCCCGUUCCGCAGACCCCUGGGAGUCAUUUUUGUCAUUUGAUAAAUUGGUUGUUCUGUUGAAUGCCAUGACUAAAAUGUCCAAAAGAUGGCGCUAUCCUCUUUAGUCUCAUGGGUGUAGUGCGUUCUCUUUCUAAAACAUCAAAGACAGAGCAGUUUGGGGAAGACAGAUAUUUCCUCUAUUUGAAUUCACUUAGAUUGUAACCUCAUUCCUGUGCGUGAGUCUGUGUAACCUUCUGUUGUAUUGUCUUUCAAGAUGUUGCAUAUGCUGCUUCUGCUUGGAUGAAACAUGAAAUUGCUCAGUGUGCAGACUAUUCAUGCACAACCUCAUGGAACCAGCAGAGGGCAUCUGCACAUCAACAUUGUGACAGUGCUCCGAUAUUGGUUAUUGAAACAGGAUUGAAGACCUUGAUCAUUCAUGUGAAUGUUCAGUCUUACUUAUUUUCCCUGCGUCAAGCUUAUUGUAUGUUGACGUUAAUAUUACAUUAUUCUCAUAUGCAUGGUUAGACAGAUGAACAAAAUUCCCCAGCACAGACAAUACAGUAGCUAUAGCCCACAUGUUCAUGAUGAUUGUUAUCCCUCACGACCCCCUGACUAUUGUUGUGCUUCCUGGUCUCCACUUUCUCUGGGCCCUGCCCUUUGUCUCUAAUCCCUACUAACACACUCACCUCAUCACUGAAGAGCUCUUGUCCUCCUGACCAAUCAUGGCAAGACUGACAGGCAGUGCCAUGGUAACAUGGGCCCUUUCUCUGUGUGUGGGCAAAGACACUCAUCACAUUAUCCUCAACAGAGCCAUUGGGCUGUUUCCAAGGAAACCAACUACUGCUAUGAUGCUCAGGUGUUUCUGAGCUGUGAGAUAGGCGUUGUGGUCACUGGGUUUGAACUAAGGAGAAAACAUAAUGUGGUGUAUAAGGGUUGGGUUUGGCCUCCUCAACCCCAUGCCCAGAAACUGAUUAUUUCCCUCCCAGACACAGUGUGUACCACAAACACAUGUUGGUGCCCUCACCUCAACAUCAAUGCACCCAUCUACAUAGUCAACAGUACAUUUUAUAAUAAAGAUCAGGCUUGGAGAUUGGACACACACACAUAGUCCUGUACCUUGGCACGACUACAGCUGCUACCCCAAACAAUAGGCCCACUCACACAAACACACACAAACACACAGCAAACAGUACCAGUGUUUGUUCACUGCCCUGCCCCUCUCUCUAUUACACACCUGUCUGCUCCAAGUCUCACUCUCCUGAAACUAGUUCAUUAGCAGAGAAUACAUCCAUAUCUUCAAGACUUUUCCUUUGUAGUGAGAUGCUCUGAUUCUACUGUAGUCGUCUAGUUGAGUGAUGUUGCUUUGGCUCAUACUGUUCGUUCUGCUGGAGGGCUGUGAACUAGCUGGGUAUGUGAGAUUUAUUUUGAUGUGAGUGGGGAGAUGCGUUUGAAUGUUAAUGCCUGUCUGUGCAUGAUCCUGUUUGAUUAUUCAGUAAGAGCAUGCCUGCUGGAGUGUCAAUGUGGUUAUGUGUGAAUAUUAAAACAUUAGCUUGAUUAUUAUGCUGCUGUCUUUUCCACCCAGCUUUGAAAUGAAACCAAAGAGAGGAGAGAACACUUUGAAGUCAGGGUUAGAUUCAACGGAUGACUGAAAGCAUGGCAAUAUUGCACCUCAACUACAUGAUGAUGAGAUCAGUCCAUAGAGCUUCUUAUUAGUGUGAGAAUUAUCACAGUGGUGUUUAGAUUACCUUAUAGUGGAGCUGAACAAAGGGACUUCACACUGUCUUUCAGUCUGGUGUAAAGUCAUAAACAGGGAUAAUUAGGUUUCCCCUCUGCUUGGCUCGGCACUACUCUUGGUAUCAUUCAUCUCCCUGCUGUUUAAAAUGCAGCUUUUGAAGUGGUAUUGGUUUGUUUUCUUAGUCCAGACUCAGAUGAUAUUGUCAGUAGUGUUGGCUCUGAUGGUGUAUAUGUGUGUGUGUGUCUGGUAGAAGCAGAUUGCCCUGCUGAGGGCUCUGUGGGAGGAGCAGGUGUCGCCCCAACCCCCCUGAUCCUGGUCCAUUUCCUGUCCAUCUGUAUGGGGACACAGGGGGCUCUCAGAGAGACAUAGUGGACCCUUUGUGUGCAGCAGAGAAGGAAACCCCAGUUAUCUUGUUUUGGGUCUCAUCACAAAUCUCCUCUACUUAGCUUGAAGUGUACUAUGUAUCACAGGAGGUUGGUGGCACCUUAAUUGGGGAGGACGGGCUCGUGGUAAUGGCUGGAGCGGAAUAGGUGGAAUUGAACACAUUGAACACAAAUACAUCAAACACAUGGUUUGAUGCCAUUCCAUUGGCUCCGUUCCAGCCAUUAUUAUUAGACGUUCUCCCUUCAGCAGCCUCCACUGCUAUGUAUGUAGGCUUACCCACACAGAAACAUUCUCACAGUAAAAAUACAUCAGAGUACCUGAGAGCAUUUCAUAUUUACAGAAACAACACACAUGCACACACGCCGAACGCAUGCACGCACGCGCACACACACACACACACAGGUUGUUGUAUGUGGGGAGAUAGCAGAUCCAGAGGCUUAGUGAGAGAAGAGGAGUACAACACAACAGAGAAUGACGAGAGGCAUCAUGGAAUAAUGGAGGAAUGAAAUAGAUGAAGGAAUUGUAUUACAUGCUUCAGCGUACACACACUCACACACUCACCCACGCACGCCUACAGUAAUCCUCCCAGUAGUGUUGACUUCAUGCCAUUUGUAACGGUUGUUUCUCCAGGGCAUGGAGUCAUGGCAAAGCUCUACUUCUCCUUUUAUUGAUUCCAUUGCACUUUGGAGGUUGUCGUGGAAACCCCAAAGAAAGACAUGGCUCUCUCUUGUACUGUACUUGUAUUCAUUGGUUGGAGGAGGGCCCAUCUAGUCAUUGAGAGUGGAGUGGAGUACUCUAUUUUUCUGUCUUUCUCUUAGGGGAAAUUUACACUAGUAAAAUAUGUCUAGUGAGAUCUACCUCUCUUCAACAUCAGAUUUGCAACUUUUCUGAUUACACUAGCCUUGGAUGUGUUGUGGCCAAAGCCUGCUUCAUGUGUGAGUGCACCUAUUAUCAAUCCCAUAAACACCAUAAUAUAUAAACCAACAAAAUAAGGAUAGCAAUUCCAACUAUACAGGAGCUUCUCAUCUAAACCAUAUUGCACAUAGUGUUGCACAAUUGAUUAAUUCAAUAAUUCACAAAUGUGUGGAUAUUUGAAAAGCCUUUAAUUAUUUUAAUUUGGUUAACAGAGCAAAAAUGCUGUCUGGUAUUAAGGUAAUUAUUGCAAGGACAUGUGGUGUGGGAGAGCCAUUGUCUUUCCACUGUACCACUCAGAGGGGGGUAUGUGGUAUAGAUGUCUCCCACACUACUAGAUCUGUCUCUUUACACAACACAGGUAUCUCUCCUGGACCUAGUUUGUGCCGUCAAAGUAGUGUAGUGUAAAGAGGCUGUUAGGACACAAUUCCUCCUCAUGGCCUUCACAAGACUGUCAUCCUCAAACAGCUCAUUAAACAUGUCCUUAGAAGGACAGGAUUCUGAACGUGAGCUCAAGCAGAGGGGGAUGUUUAACUGCUUCUAUUUCCCAUUGUACUAUUUAUUAGGGGGCUUGUCUGAAAGAGUGGUUUCAAGAGAGUUGUGUAAUACAUGGCAAGUGACGUAAUACUCACAAUCCUGAAUCAGGCUGCAUCAGAAUCACAAUGUUCAAUAUGCAAUGCUAAAUCCCAAGAAAGUAUCAUAAUGUUCAAUAUGCAAUGCUAAAUCCCAAGAAAGUAUCAUAAGCUUAUGUAUUGUAAACAAAUGUAUUAUUAUUUGAAACAUGUACAAAUGUAUGUAUAUUUGUACUCAAAUUCAAUAGGCAGAUACCACACCCAGAAUAUGUAACUUCUAUCCUGUUAGCUUAAUUAAACUGAAACUCUUACUAAAGUGUUGCCCAUUCUGUCUGUGUGUGUAUCCUGUGUGUAUGACUGUGUGUGUGUGUGUGUGUUCAGGCUGUCUGUUUAUGUGGUCUGAUCAGUGUGUCUUUGUGUGUCCUCUCUCCUUCACAGUCACACCAGAGGCCAUCGGCUUCCUGUCUGCGGUAGGUGUCUUUGUGGUGUUUCUGGCCGUCCUCUUCCUCUUCAUCAAUAAGAAGCUGUGUUUCUCCCGCGUUGGGGGUCUGCCCUGUCUGGAGCAGCAUGGCCGCGGUAAACGCUCCCGCAGCAGGCCCGGAGUCCGCCAAGGGCUGGGUGAGUGGACUGGCAUGGCGCCUGGGGCUGGGGGAUAUGGGAGGCAGAGGGGUGGGGUCUAUCUGCUUUCUGGGUCCUGAGGUAGGGGUUUCUGGUAUUGGGUGACCAGUUGUAGGGGUGGGUCCUGGGAUGGAGACUGGAGGUGAGAGACUGUCAGUGGGGAGGGUGCGAGGCUAAUGCAGGGAGACAGGUAGGAGGCCAGAGAGUGGCUGGGUGGGGAAAAUAUGUUAUAUUCAUGUCAUUCACUCUCUUCCUUUCUUCUCACAAAUUGUAGAAAUGCUGUCACUUUAUCUUGAAACAUACGGUAGUAGAACAAUCACACCCCUUAAUGCUAAUCAUUCAGUCAGGGAGGAGGCUGUGCUUUGUUCUUCAUUAGUCAAACACUCUGCAAAUAUUUCCCAUAAUCCCCAGGUAAACGUUAGGCUCUCUGUGGUUGGACAGGGAGGUGUUCUUGGCUCUGGUAUUUCCUGGUCGUUUAGUCCCUUGAGCAAACAUCUCCUGCUUGGAUAGGCAGAGUCAAGAGUUUCGGCUGAUACUGUAUUCAAGUCAGCAGUUGCAGUCAUGUCACUCUGAAGUAACAUUACUUUACGGUGCGCUGUUACGAGAUGAAGCGAGAUGAUCCUGUAUCGGAGAUCCUUUCUUUGAAAGGAUGGUUCGUCCAGGUAUCGGAGUCUUUGUCUGCGGCCCUCCUAUCCACGGGCCAGGGACCGGGCCAGGCUAGGGAGUCUCAGGGAGUGUCUGCUGACCCAGCACCCACACCAGGAGACACCCAGGAGGUGUCUGAUCCCUCAGAGCUCCAGGAGGACUUAGGGCCCCAGACCUCCAGGGCUGUUGUGUCCUCCAUGGACCCCCAGCAGAGGCUACAGGCCCUCCAGGCUCAGCUGGCCCUACGGGGCCUGAGUAGGCCUAGCAGCUCCUGUUCUGGGGCUGCCCCAUCUGCAGAGCGUCUGUCUAUCAUACCCGAGGAGAGUGAGGUGGUGGGGAGCAGGGUGAGCUGGGCAGCCUCACGGCACUCCAGUAAGGCUGGCACAGCAGGUAAAGCGUUUAUCUUUCAUCACACUGGGUGGGUCAAUAUCAGAAGUAGAUUCAGUCUGUUAUACUGUGAAUCCUCACUGUACUGAUGUGUGUUUCACAGGAAGGAUGGUUAGAAUACGUGUGUAAGUGCAUGGGUGACAGAUACACACAGACCUCUGAGGGAUGCAAACACACACACACACACUUGCACACACACACACACACACACACACUGUUGAGUAAGAGUUGUAUGGAUCUCUGCUCUACUGUAGGCACUUGAGAGUGGCCUACUUUUAGACGUGAGCUCUGAGAAUGGCCAUCUAAAUGAACUCUCCAACGUGUGCUACUCUCAUUGUCAUUCACUUCAGGAGUGGCCCUCCACCAUAUUCAUGUGUAUACAUUGAUGGCUGUGUUUGUGCAGCUCUCUGUGACUGCACCUACAGGUCUUCUCAGCAUUGUGGAGAUGAACCUUCUCACUGCGUUUUCUCUCUCGCAUCUUGCAGUGCGGUCAAAAGAGCAUGACUCAAAUAUGUUUUUUUUAAUGGCAACCUGCUUUGAGGGUUCUUCUGUGCACUCUGUAGGCUUUAGGGAAGUAAUGAGGGCUCUGCAGGAAUAACUAUUAGGAUGUAAUAAAGGUCCUGAGUCGAGGAACGAUAAGCCUUGGAGUGAUUGAUCUAGUGGUGGAGUACUGAGGUUGGAGUGGCGGGAAGCUGCGGUCAGUAUCUUCCAGUAGUGAUGACUGUGUGAUAGGGUUGAAUAUUUUCCCGGUAUUUUACAAAUGUUCCAUCCCGAGAAUAAAUCACUUUUCUCCCAUGUAACCAAGUAUUUCCCACCAAAACCGGAAGUGUCAUUCAAAAGCAUUAUAAAGCAUAUACAGAUGUCUGGAUUUAAUUAGAGCUAUGAUCAACAUGAAAAUUCAAACCUGAUGCUACCUGAGCAUGAUAAGCCAAAUAUUAAAUACAUUUUAUGAGCCCUACAUUAAAGACAUUUAAUGAGCCCAAGCGCAAAAAAUUCCAAAUUAUUGUGCUAUUAUCCAAUACAUAAUAUGAUAUAGGCUACUGCACAUUACGCAAGACAGAAAAACAUAAAAGCCCAUAGAUGUAGCUAGCUAUAUGCUCUCUUGGGUAAAUAAAUGAACCUAGCUCCAGUAGGCUAAUCUUUUUAAGUGUGAACUGUAUUACUGUACUGUAUUUUAUUAUACUGUAUUAUAUGGACUGGAAUUAGGCCUACGCACAUUGUUCAAACCAUGAUAAAGCAGAAGAGAACAUGUGAUUCUGGUGCAGCACAUGUGGCCUACAAAGUUACAAGUGUAGGCUAGCGAAUUUGAUUUUCAUUUUGAAAUAUAAUAGGACCUAUUUGUAUAAUUAGUAGACUGAUGCAUAUAUACAGUGGGGAGAACAAGUAUUUGAUACACUGCCGAUUUUGCAGGUUUUCCUACUUACAAAGCAUGUAGAGGUCUGUAAUUUUUAUCAUAGGUACACUUCAACUGUGAGAGACGGAAUCUAAAACAAAAAUCCAGAAAAUCACAUUGUAUGAUUUUUAAGUAAUUAAUUUGCAUUUUAUUGCAUGACGGCUCUCGGUACUGCAGCCCUGGAGACGCGUUGAACACAAGACAUGUGCAGGGCCACAGGAAAUCAAUCAGCGGCCUCUCGCCCACUCACUAGAGCCAUCCUGGGUUACCAUGGUGAUGGAUGGUUCAGGUAAAGAGGGUGGUGUUGUACUGGGUGACCUACACUGAUGAGGGAGACGGGGCCAGAGACAUGUGAUACAUCUCCAUUACAGCCUCAAUCAAUCUGUCAACAGACACUUAGAUAACCAAGUUACUGUCUGUCUCUCUGUCCAUCACUGGUGGAACUAAUGGUGUUCAGAUUAAAUGCUUUGUUUUUAGAGGGAGAGAGUGUAUGAAAGGAUAACAGGUGACAGCUAAUGUGUUUUGUAAUGCUAUGGGGAUGUACAGCUGGCACUUCUCUCCUACUCUCCUUGUUCUGGUUCCAUAGCAUGGUAGAUCACUGACUGACACUAAAGUCCCAGUCCUCCAACACUCACCUAGUUCAUGACUGUAGUCUUAUCUGCCAGGUACAAUCUAAUUUCGAUAUGCGGGUCGUGCUUGUGAUCGUUUUAUCAAAUGUUCUUUGAAUUCAUUUCUGUGUUUGCAGUAGUUUUAAUAAUCACACAUAUUGAUGUGAUCAUGUUCACAUUGUUUUUAUUUAUGUUUCUCUCUCCUCUCCUCUCCUCUCCUCUCCUCUCCUCUCCUCUCCUCUCCUCUCCUCUCCUCUCCUCUCCUCUCCUCUCCUCUCCUCUCCUCUCCUCUCCUCUCCUCUCCUCUCCUACUAUAAUCAUUAGGUUCCAUAGUAGCUCUCCUGCCUGCACCUUCUCUCCUUCUCUUUUUGAACUCUGUAUUCCCUGUGUGUGUGUUUGUGUGAUCUCUGGUCCAUCCAGUGAACAGCUACGGGGAUGGUGAGGAUCAGUCCAGCUCAUCGGAUAGUGAGGACGAGAUAGUGAAGCAGUUUGAGAUCUCCGUGUCUCGCUCUCAGAGCCUCCGCUCUACAGGGCCCACCAGGGUUGUAGCCCAGGCUGCACCGGGAAAACGCCACAAGUUCACCCGCCUACUCUCUGACCAGGAGGAGGGCAGCACAGAGCCCUCAGACUGCGAAGGUACACACACACACACACAUACAUAACGCAUACAGAGACACACAUUCUGACACAGUACAGAUGUAGGAGCUUAAUUGGAUCACCCUGUUGCAGGAUAACUUUCUUGCAAUGCAGGACAUUUAAAACUUCUAGUAUAUUUGAGGUUUAAAAAGGCUUCUGAAGUUUGUAAUUUCCACUUUGACAUUUCAGACUUGAUUUUCCCUUAUGAAAAAUGUAUCAAGCCCUACAAAACCUUCCAUUAAUUAUAAUCCACAUAAUAAUUCACAUUUCCUGUAGCUGCAGGAUUAACUUCCUGCUGUAGCAAACUGGCUCAAAAUUAGAUCCUACAUCUGUACACACACUCAAAACAUGUCCUCCACAAAACAAAGUGCGUACAGGGGGAUCCUCUAAUCUGAACCAAUGGGAUGUAAAUGAUCAACCCACUGCUCCAGAGCCCAAAAAUAACAUUUAAUCACAGACUACUGUCUGUAAAGAUCUCAGGCUAAGCUUGAUUGGCCCACUCUGUGACGGAUCAACACAGAGAUAGUCAGAUAGUGCUCUGGGUCUUAGAUUAAUUAGUGACUUGUUUGGACUCAAAUGGUGGCUGGUGUCUUAGACACACUAUAAGAAGGAUCAGUGUAAGUGGUGACAGUAGACGCAGGCAUUAUACAGAUGUCAUGGUCCUGGAAGAUACAGUGCCUUGCAAAAGUAUUCAUCCCCCUUGGCAUUUUUUCCUAUUUUGUUGCAUUACAACUUGUAAUUUAAUGGAUUUUUAUUUGGAUUUCAUGUAAUGGACAUACACAAAAAAUAUUCCAAAUAGGUGAAGUGAAAUGAAAAAAUUCAAAAAAAUAAAUAAUGGAGAAAUGGUGCGUGCAUAUGUAUUCACCCCAUUUGCUAUGAAGCCCCUAAAUAAGAUCUGGUGCAAACAAUUACCUUCAGAAGUCACAUAAUUAGUUAGAUUGCACACAGGUGGACUUUAUUUAAGUGUCUCAUGAUCUGUCACAUGAUCUCAGUAUAUAUACACCUGUUCUGAAAGGCCCCAAAGUCUGCAACACCACUAAGCAAGGGGCACCACCAAGCAAGCGGCACCAUGAAGACCAAGGAGCUCUCCAAACAGGUCAGGGACAAAGUUGUGGAGAAGUACACAUCAGGGUUGGGUUAUAAAAAAAUAUCUGAAACUUUGAACAUCCCACAGAGCACCAUUAAUUCCAUUAUUAAAAAAUUGAAAGAAUAUGGCACCACAACAAACCUGCCAAGAGAGGGCUGCCCACCAAAACUCAUGGACCAGGCAAGGAGGGCAUUAAUCAGAGAGGCAACAAAGAGACCAAAGAUAACCCUGAAGGAGCUGCAAAGCUCCACAGUGGAGAUUGGAGUAUCUGUCCAUAGGACCACUUUAAGCCAUACACUCCACAGAGCUGGGCUUUACGGAAGAGUGGCCAGAAAAAAGCCAUUGCUUAAAGAAAAAAAUAAGCAGAUGAGACUAAAAUUGAGCUUUUUGGCAAUCAAGGAAAAUGCUAUGUCUAGCGCAAACCCAACACCUCUCAUCACCCCGAGAACAUCAUCGGCAGGGACUGGGAAACUGGUCAGAAUUUAAGGAAUGAUGAGAUGGCGCUAAAUACAGGGAAAUUAUUGAGGGAAACCUGUUUCAGUCUUCCAGAGAUUUGAGACUGGGACGGAGGUUCACCUUCCAGCAGGACAAUGACUCUAAGCAUACUGCUAAAGCAACACUCAACUGGUUUAAGGGGAAACAUUUAAAUGUCUUGGAAUGGCCUAGUCAAAGCCCAGACCUCAAUCCAAUUGAGAAUCUGUGGUAUGACUUAAAGAUUGCUGUACACCAGCGGAACCCAUCCAACUUGAAGAAGCUGGAGCAGUUUUGCCUUGAAGAAUGGGCAAAAAUCCCAGUGGCUAGAUGUGCCAAGCUUAUAGAGACAUACCUCAAGAAACUUGCAGCUGUAAUUGCUGCAAAAGGUGGCUCUACAAAGUAUUGACUUUGGGGGGGUGAAUAGUUAUGCACGCUCAAGUUCUUUUUUUGGGUAUUAUUUCUUGUUUGUUUCACCCAAAAAAAUAUAAUAAUAAUAAUAUAAUAAUAUGCCAUUUAGCAGACGCUUUUAUCCAAAGCGACUUACAGUCAUGCGUGCAUACAUUUUUUUGCAUCUUCAAAGUGGUAGGCAUGUGGUAGGCAUGUUGUGUAAAUCAAAUUAUACAAACCCCCCAAAUAUCAAUUUUAAUUCCAGGUUGUAAGGCAACAAAAUAGGAAAAAUGCCAAGGGGGGUGAAUACUUUCGCAAGCCACUGUAAGGGGGGAUUUACCCACCCAACCCCCUCUUCCACCACUAGUUACUGGUACAUAAAGAAUACAGAUAAAGUCUAAGUGUUCAUCAAAGCCCCUAUUAGAUGCAUUGGAGGCCCCUGGCAUUAUGAAUUCCCUGACCAUGCCUACAUCUUUCUUUCAUUUAAUUAAAUUGUUUUAUUGAACAAAGAGUCCAUUUGUUUGUAUGACUGACAUCCUGUCAUGGGGGUUCACAAUGCCUCAGUGACUCAUAAUAACUACCUGGUCCUUAGCACAUUUCCUUCCUCCAGCCAGCAUGUGACUGGUGGUUUUAUGAUAUAACUACUGGUUUGAUUGAACCUGGGAACACACAACACACACUGAUGAGUCACACUGUGCCCUGUUGCCAUGGUAAUAACUAUCUGUAGUCAUUGAUAUAACAGUCGGUCUGCCCUUAAUGAUACUGAAUUGGAGUUAAUUGCCAUUGAUCAGCUCAUGGUGCAGCCCUGUACCAGCCACCCUAAUUGAAGGAACAGGUUUUUGAAAAGUUAUGCAAUUUCUAUUCAAACAGGAGGCUUGGUAUUGCUUAUGUUUAUAACAUGCAUUCAAUGACUAUGUCAUACACACAGGGCUGGCUUGUAUCUCAUAUCCCAAGGAUGUUUCAUGAUAAUGUUUCAUUACAGAAGUCUGUUCUGUCUGAUAUGUUUAUUAAGGGAAGUCUGUUCCGUUGCACACUGAGUGUGUGCUGUAUGUUUCCAUGUGACAUUGUGUCUUUAUGAAGCCCUGUUGUGAUCGUCCCCAGACGUGGACGGAGACGUGAGCAGGCUGAGUUACCAGAACCCCCUAUCGUAUGGGGAUGAGAAGCGGGGCUCCCUGGGGUCCCAGGAAACGGCUGAGGGUCUGGACGGCCCACCACGGGAGGGCUCGCUGGACACAGGGGGAAGCCCGGCCCCCAACAUGAGUCGCCAGGCCACCGAGAGGAGCCUUGAGAUGGAGACAGCCGUGGACAACCAGGGUGAUGACAACAACGACCCCACAGACAGCGCCUCCACAUGGAGCCCAGAGGUACUGUAGUCAACGAGCUCCCGCUGUCACCUUGGGCUUGGUGAACCAAGGUUUCCUGAUCAAGUUAUAGGUUCAGGAAACAAUCCUAGCCCUACUAAUAACAUACAGUAGCUUUGCUAUACAGAGAAGCAGAGUUUCUUAUCAAGGGAAAUGUUGGUUAAGAGGCAGCCAUGUCCAUCAUGCCAUACUGAUGAGGAACCUGAAGAUGUUUUGCAUUUGUCCCACAGUUUUUUCCUGUCAGAUUAAUUUUCGACAUACCAAGACAAGGCUGACAUGAGGCCCAGGGGCACAUUGGAAACAGUACAUAACUCCUUCCUUUUGCCUCAUAAAUAUUGAUGAAAUGUGGCACAACCUGUUGCUGUAAAGUGUUACUGAGUGUUGCUAAUGCUUGCAUAAGCGUUGUGUUAGUGUGUUACUGUGCUAAAGCACUAAUGUGUCAUGAUUGAUUUAGGCGCCCAGUUGGAGUGAGGUGAGAGCGAGUGGGCAAGUGAUGCUGGCUAGCACUGCAGGCUUCCAUUUCACUGUCUGCCCAGACCCAGGCCCAGAUGUGCUUUUAUGACAGCUUGUCUCUGUCUCUGUCUCUGUCUCUGUCUCUGUCUCUGUGUAUGAUUGUGUGAGUGAAAUGGGGAGCAAUCUGUGCAUGAGUAUCCCACUAACUGUUUUCAUCUUUUAUCCAACUCACUUUCUCACAUAGAACAACACAUACAGAUACACGUGAAUGAAAGCAAAUUGUUAACAUAAUUGUAUAUUGUUUGUUUUGUAUCAUUUGAGUCGUGGCUAACAUUGAAAGUCAGGUUGUCAUGUCAGUGAAUGUAGGGAGUGUGGGGGAGGGAUAUAGCUUGAAGAAGCGCAUGUCGCCUGAUCUGUGCAGUAUAUUGUAGCUGCCACUACGAAUACCUUAGCUGUGAUCCGUGGUUGCCGUGCCAACACCAACACUCCGCCUGCUCUGUCAACAUGGUGACACAAUCGAUGCUGUGUUUACUGACCGCAUGAAGAGCUGCUUGGCUGGUGUAAAUGUUCUCUUCAACGGCAUCCUCUGUCUUUGCCUGAUACACACACAGCAAAAUACAGUAUAUUCAUUCAAGUGAUUAGAAUUAUGACAUUGCUGACUAUUUCAUUUGUUGGUUUCUCUCAAGGAGCAUAUAUCAGUAACUUUCUGUGUUGAACUCUGUGUGUUUUCUGUUUCCCCUCCUCUCAGCAGGAGCAUCCUCCUGUGGAGGAGGUCCUCUCUUGCCCCCCUAGCUCCACCUCACACCCCCCUAUCACCAAAUGUGGUGACCUCGAGGUCACCCUGGACUACAAGGCCGCCUCUCAGAAGCUGUUUGUUACCGUUGUGACCGCGCGGGACAUCCCAGACAAAGGGCGCAGUGGGAUGGACUCGUGGCAGGUGCACGUGGUCCUGCUCCCGGCAAAGAAGCAGCGCCAUAAAACCUCCGUCCAAAAGGGGUCCGUGCCUGAAUUCAAUGAGACCUUCCGCUUUUCACAUCUGGAGCCCUCGGAGCUGGGUGCCUCUGCCCUGCGCUUCCGCCUCUACGCCCUGGGGGGCCGGAUGUCCCGCGAGCGCAUGAUGGGGGAGAAGGUGGUCCGCCUUGGGGAGCUGAGCCCAGAGGGGGGAGAGAUGGAGACCAUGCUAGUGCUGGAGCCCCGCAGCAACAUGAAGGUGAGAGAAUAGACCUCCAACAUCUCCCAAAGACACAACAAAACACUGCUAACAUGUUACUGUAUACGAUGUAAACAUAUGCUGUAUGUGUGUGUCUUUCUCCUGUGCUCCAGAGUGUUGACUCUCAGGUCAGUCUAGUUGGGGUGUCCCAGAGUGACAGUGCAUCCUCCACCCAGUCUCUGACCCACGGGGGCGUCCCUGAGCUGCUGGUGGGCCUGUCCUACAACGCCACCACCGGACGCCUCUCUGUGGAGCUCAUCAAGGGAAGCCACUUCCGCAACCUGGCCAUCAACAGGCCGCCCGGUGAGCAAACACACUCACACACGCCCAUGUUUACCAUCAUACAUACAGACUAUCAGAUUGUAAGGGCUAUUGCAAAGUUCCAAUUCGCCACUUGAUGCAUGAGUGAUGUUUUUGACGCCCUAAUCAGAAGAGACUGGUAGGAGGAGCUACAGGAGGACGGGCUCAUUGUAAUGGCUGGAAUGGAAUUAAUGGAAAGGAGUCAAACGUGGUUUCCAUAUACCAUUCCAGCCAUUACAAGGAGCCCAUCCUCCUAUAGCUCCUCCCACCAGCCUCCUCUGCCACUAAUGAUUUUAUUUUAGUUCAUUAGGACUAAAUUAUGUAAUGUCCAGACUUAGAUAUACUGUUGGGUGAUGUAAUUAAUAAAUGAUUGAUGACUUGAUGAUUUACCAUGGUGGUUAUGGUUUGUGGUUGAGUAAUCUGUGUUAAAGGCAAUCUUGUGAAUAGUGGUAAAAAAACAUGUGAAUCUACUGUUCACCCAUGCAUGACCACUACCUGGUUACCUGUGACCUUAUACACCUGACCCAUAACCUCAGUGAGACUGUUCUAGUGGUGAGAAAUGACAGCCCAAAACAGACAACAAAACUAGACAAACAUACACCAGUGGAGGCUGCUGAGGGGAGGACGGCUCAUAACAAUGGCUGGAACGGAGCGAGUGGAAUGGCAUCAAACCAUUUGUUUGAUGUAUUUGAUACUGUUCCACUCAUACCGCUCCAGCCAUUACCACAAGCACGUCCUCCCCAAUUAAGGUGCCACCAACCUCCUGUGACAUACAGUGGGGAAAAAAAGUAUUUAGUCAGCCACCAAUUGUGCAAGUUCUCCCACUUAAAAAGAUGAGAGAGGCCUGUAAUUUUCAUCAUAGGUACACGUCAACUAUGACAGACAAAUUGAGGGAAAAAAAAUCGAGAAAAUCACAUUGUAGGAUUUUUUAUGAAUUUAUUUGCAAAUUAUGGUGGAAAAUAAGUAUUUGGUCACCUACAAACAAGCAAGAUUUCUGGCUCUCACAGACCUGUAGGCUCCUCUGUCCUCCACUCGUUACCUGUAUUAAUGGCACCUGUUUGAACUUGUUAUCAGUAUAAAAGACACCUGUCCACAACCUCAAACAGUCACACUCCAAACUCCACUAUGGCCAAGACCAAAGAGCUGUCAAAGGACACCAGAAACAAAAUUGUAGACCUGCACCAGGCUGGGAAGACUGAAUCUGCAAUAGGUAAGCAGCUUGGUUUGAAGAAAUCAACUGUGGGAGCAAUUAUUAGGAAAUGGAAGACAUACAAGACCACUGAUAAUCUCCCUCGAUCUGGGGCUCCACGCAAGAUCUCACCCCGUGGGGUCAAAAUGAUCACAAGAACGGUGAGCAAAAAUCCCAGAACCACACGGGGGGACCUAGUGAAUGACCUGCAGAGAGGUGGGACCAAAGUAACAAAGCCUACCAUCAGUAACACACUACGCCGCCAGGGACUCAAAUCCUGCAGUGCCAGACGUGUCCCCCUGCUUAAGCCAGUACAUGUCCAGGCCCGUCUGAAGUUUGCUAGAGUGCAUUUGGAUGAUCCAGAAGAGGAUUGGGAGAAUGUCAUAUGGUCAGAUGAAACCAAAAUAUAACUUUUUGGUAAAAACUCAACUCGUCGUGUUUGGAGGACAAAGAAUGCUGAGUUGCAUCCAAAGAACACCAUACCUACUGUGAAGCAUGGGGGUGGAAACAUCAUGCUUUGGGGCUGUUUUUCUGCAAAUGGACCAGGACGACUGAUCCGUGUAAAGGAAAGAAUGAAUGGGGCCAUGUAUCGUGAGAUUUUGAGUGAAAACCUCCUUCCAUCAGCAAGGGCAUUGAAGAUGAAACGUGGCUGGGUCUUUCAGCAUGACAAUGAUCCCAAACACACCGCCCGGGAAAUGAAGGAGUGGCUUCGUAAGAAGCAUUUCAAGGUCCUGGAGUGGCCUAGCCAGUCUCCAGAUCUCAACCCCAUAGAAAAUCUUUGGAGGGAGUUGAAAGUCCGUGUUGCCCAGCGACAGCCCCAAAACAUCACUGCUCUAGAGGAGAUCUGCAUGGAGGAAUGGGCCAAAAUACCAGCAACAGUGUGUGAAAACCUUGUGAAGACUUACAGAAAACGUUUGACCUGUGUCAUUGCCAACAAAGGGUAUAUAACAAAGUAUUGAGAAACUUUUGUUAUUGACCAAAUACUUAUUUUCCACCAUAAUUUGCAAAUAAAUUCAUUAAAAAUCCUACAAUGUGAUUUUCUCAUUUUGUCUGUCAUAGUUGACGUGUACCUAUGAUGAAAAUUACAGGCCUCUCUCAUCUUUCUAAGUGGGAGAACUUGCACAAUUGGUGGCUGACUAAAUACUUUUUUCGCCCACUGUACACCCUAUCAAAAUGGCUCUUAAACAGUAUGCACCCUCAUGCAAUCAUGACUUAGUCAAUCGUACUUUUUUUGUUUAUCCCUCCUCACUUCAUUACCUCUAUCUUUGCCUCUCUCCUUUCUUUCUGUCUCUCUCCCUCAGACACCUAUGGGAAGCUGACUCUGCUCAACUCGGUGGGCCAGGAGAUCUCCAGGUGUAAGACGUCAGUGCGGCGGGGGCAGCCCAACCCUGUCUACAAGGAGACCUUUGUGUUCCAGGUCGCCCUGUUCCAGCUGUCUGACGUCACCCUCAUGGUGUCCAUCUACAACCGCCGCAGCAUGAAGCGUAAGGAGAUGGUGGGCUGGCUCGCCCUGGGCCAGAACAGCAGCGGGGAGGAGGAGCAGCUGCACUGGCUGGACAUGAAGGAGUGUAAAGGCCAGCAGGUCUGUCGCUGGCACGUCCUCCUGGAAGCCUAGAAGCCAGGAUGGAGAGGAGAGGACGGGAAGGAAUCCCCACCACUUACCCAGUCAUUAAGGGCCCAAUUCCGACUUAGGAAAUUACGCCU